GCUGCCGCACCGAGCCGCCCACCAUGCCCAAACCGUGUCAGUGCAUUCGAGAAGGCUGUUCGGAACUAUGCUGAGAAUCCAAGAGACAAUGUGGUCACUCCGACUAUCGGCACGACAUUUGACUCGGUUGGAGAGGCAUAUGACUUCUACCAUUUGUAUUCCUGGGAGAAAGGUUUUGGCAUUCGUUAUGGCAAGAGCCGGCUGAAUGUGGAGAGGACAAAGUGCAUGCAAGAAAUAGUUCGUGGUUGCUCGGGCAAAGCUGGUGUUGAGAAUACAAGAUCAUGUCGAUGCGAAUGCCGUGCUCUGAUAAGGCUGCUACCAGCAGAAGAUAAUGGUUGGUUUAUUGCAGAGCAUAGGGAUACUCACAACCACUCACUGUCGCCAAACUUUGGCGAGACACUCGAUUAGUUCACAAAGAGGUCUUUGCGUAGUCUUUGUGGCAAAAUUAACAGAGACCACGCAGAGGAUGAUGUGAAGAAGGCAAUGGAUGUGUUUGCCGAGAUUGGUGCUAAAGAUCCACAUUUUAUGUAUAGGGUGCAGGCUGAUAGCGAGGGGAGGAAUAAGAAUCUCAUGUGGGCUAGUGGGAACAGCAGGUGCAGUACUCUUUCUUCGGCGAUAAUCAUAACAUUUGACACUACUUACCGGACUAACCUGUAUGACAUGCCAUUUGGAUUGUUCGUGGGUGUAAAUAAUCACUUCCAAAGUGUGAUCAUGGCAGGGGUGCUUGUCCGUGAUGAGACGGAAAAUAGCUUUGUAUGGGUUUUUUCAGAGUUCCUUCGAAUGAUGGGUGGUUCGCCACCGGUCACCAUACUGAUAAGUAAAGUAGAAUUAUGUGAUGGGUACAUGUUCAGACAUGGCGCGUGUACUGGCUAAUCUGAUAUCAAUUUUUUGUUUUUAUGUUUUUACAGACCAGAACCGUGCAAUGGAGCUGGCAAUCAGGAAGGGUAUGCCGAAUACAACACACAGGUGGUGUAAAUGGCAUGUGUUGAAGAAAGCAAAAGAGUCCUUGGGGGCGCUGUAUACAAAGAAAAGCAAGUUCAGGUCUGAGUUCUACAAGGUCAUAAACCACAUGUUGACCGAAGAUGAAUUUGAGAAAGCUUGGGAGCUGUUGCUUGAUAAAUACUCCCUCCGUCCGAAAAUACUUGUCAUCAAAAUGGAUAAAAAGAGAUGAAUGUAGAAGUAAAAUACGUCUAGAUACAUCCCCUUUUAUCUAUUUUGAUGACAAGUAUUUUCGGACGGAGGGAGUACAAGUUAAGGGGUCAUGCAUAUAUGACACAGCUGUUCGAGAUUCAAAAGAAAUGGACGAAGCCUUACUAAGAGUUUUCUGUGCGGAGAUGACAAGCACACAACGGAGCGAGAGCGCAAACCAUAUGCUUAAAAAUUAUGUGCCCCCUGGGUGCCCAAUGCACAUGUUCGUUCAAAAAUAUAUGAGGCUUCAAUUUGACCGCGAAUCAGAUGAGAAUUACGGAGAAAAACGCACUCGCGUUGAAAAGCCACUGAUGAGGGCAAAUCUUGCGGUGGAGAGGCAUGCAAGCAAGAUAUAAUACCAGGGCAAUGUUCGAACAAUUUGGGCAUAUUUUGUAUGAGUGUGGGGCUUAUCAGGUAGAGGAGAUUGAGAAGCACAGGACAUACAUUGCGAUUCAUAGUGAAGCAGAAAAAAGAGAGAAGUGGUGCAGAGUAUCUUACAAAGUCACUAUGCUUGAUGGUGGCAACGAGUUUAAGUGCGAGUGUGGGCGGUUUGCACAUAUGGGCCUGCUUUGCAUUUAUGUUCUGAAGGUUCUGGAUUUCAUUCGAGCUAAGGAAAUACCAGCGAAGCAUAUUGUGAAGAGGUGGACAAGGGAUGCAAGAGAUGUUCUACCAGCUCACCUAGCUCAAUACCAAAAAGACAGCAUGCAAAACAAUCCCUUUUCGUACAGACACUUCACCAUGUACAUGCAUGCCAUGGAGCUAGUCAGGCUACGAGACACAAGUGUUGAGGCAUACAACCGUUUGAUGGACCUGUUCAAAUCCAAUUUGACAAUAAUGCUCCCUUUGGCAGAGAUUAGAGAUGGUCUAGGACUAGAGGAUAGGCUGGCAGAUAAGGGUGCAGUGGUUAAUGAGCGGAACCCUACUGCUAUAGUUGCAGAACAAAAUGAGAAUUUGGUUAGAGAUGUUGCAAAACUUGCAGAUAAUGAUUCUAUGUCAAGGACAAGCAACCAGUUGGAUGGUUUGAUGGCUCCAGCAAGAAGGAAAGAGAUGGGACGACCAACGACAAGCCGGGAGAAGGCUCCCUAUGAAGAAGGGCUGAGCAAGAGGACCAUGUUCUGUACGAUAUGUCGUAGACAAGGACACAAACAAACAACAUGCCCUGACCGUGGUGAUAUGUCGAAGCAGCCCAGGAAGCCUGCUAGGUGCAAGAACUGUGGUGUGGAAGGCCACCGGCAGAACAAUUGCAAGAAAGCAAUGGAACUAAGACUCGCUGGAGGGAUGUGAAAAAGGAUAAUGCAUGUCGGGACUUUUCUGUUAGGAUCUGAAUCUUAUUAUAUGUUUUUAGACGUUUUUUACAUUUCUUAGUGC